UCUCAGGUGGAUGCGCACAUUGAUUUCCGUGCGCUCACGCGGCGCACAUUAGCACUCAAAAAACCCAAAAAGAAAAACUGGAAAAGAAAAGCUUCUCUUUGUCUUCUCUUUUCUGAUUUCCCCCGCGAGACCAGAAGCACAAUUUUCAUUUCCAUUUCUCCAAAUUCCUGUGGUGCCCCCAAUUAUUCCAAAUAAUUCCUCGUCAACAUCCAGAAAAUGGCUCCAGCCACCACCGUGGCGGCGGCGGCGGCGGCUCGGGGUCUCGUCGGCUCGCGGCGCCGAACGGAGGCACCGCCACGACGUCCGUCCCCGUCGCCGCCGCCUAGGAAGCUGAGGCUGGUGACAGAGAUAAUGGCGCGUGCGAGAUAUGCGGUGGUGGAGCGAGGUGACUAUAGUGACGUCGGCUGCGAACAAUGCGGCUCCGGUGAACGUCCCGACGAGCUUCUCCUGUGUGAUAAAUGCGAUAAAGGCUUCCACAUGAAAUGCCUUAGACCGAUCGUGGCUCGUGUUCCUAUUGGGUCCUGGCUUUGCCCCAAAUGCUCUGGUCAUAGGCGAGUAAGAAGUUUUUCGCAGAAAAAGAUAAUUGAUUUCUUUAGGAUUCAGAAGAGUUGUGAUGGAAAAAAGAAAUUCACGUCGAAUCAAGAUAUGAGAAAGCGUCGCAGACGUUCUAGAUCAUUGGUGUUGCUAAAGAAAAGAAGGAGACUCUUGCCAUUUAUACCAUCUGAAGAUCCUAACCAACGUUUGAAUCAGAUGGGUACCCUUGCUUCAGCAUUAACAGCAUUGCAGAUGGAAUUCAGUGAUGAUCUAACCUACUCUCCUGGCAUGGCCCCUAGAUCUGCCAAUCAGGCCAAGUUUGAAAAUGGUGGCAUGCAGGUUCUGUCGAAGGAAGAUAUGGAGACCUUGGAACUCUGCAGAGAAAUGAGUAGGAGUGGCGAAUGCCCUCCUCUUAUAGUAGUUUUUGAUUCAUGUGAAGGGUACCUCCAUUUUGAGAUAAUUUGUACUGUUGUAGAUAUAUUAUGUAACUGUAUAUUUAGUGUAUUCAUUUUAAUUAUGUCGUGCAGUUAUACGGUAGAAGCAGAUGGACAGAUAAAGGAUAUGACAUUCAUUGCGGAAUACACAGGGGAUGUGGAUUACAUUAAAAACCGUGAAAAUGAUGAUUGUGAUAGCUUGAUGACCCUUCUUUUAGCAACAGACUCAUCUAAAAGCCUUGUAAUCUGCCCUGAUAAACGUGGAAACAUUGCUCGCUUUAUCAAUGGCAUUAACAAUCAUACUCUGGAAGGCAAGAAGAAGCAGAAUUGUAAAUGUGUGAGGUACAGUGUAAAUGGUGAAUGCCGGGUCCUUUUGGUUGCUACUCGUGAUAUUGCUAAGGGAGAGAGGCUUUAUUACGAUUAUAAUGGAUAUGAGCAUGAAUACCCUACUCAUCAUUUUGUCUGAAUAAUGGAACCGAUGUUACUAACAAUCCUACAGAGCUGGGAUGCAAUUUUGGAUCCUCAUAGAUCAUCUUCUUUCAGUCAUUUUUAUUUUUUUAUUUCACAGCUUACUCAUUGCUGGUGCAGAGUCAAAGAAAUUUCUUCAAAUUUGUCGAUGCCAUUUUAUUAUAAUUUAUGAUGCAACGCUGGCCCCUUUUGCAGCCAUUAGCGAAAGACAGCAGGGAAGAAAAUUUUUUCCUUGGAAUUUAGAUGUUGUAGAAAUUUAUUUAAGAAACAGUAUCUUCUUGUAAUACAGGUCUCAAUUAAGGUCUUUUUAAUUUUAUCCAAUCACUGUCAUUCUACAGCUUUAAAAUAGAAUUAUUCGCUGGACUGCUAGAGAGCAUUUUCCUGUAGU